AUGAACCUCGAAUCCCCGCAAACUUCCCAACAAGCCUGGAAAGUACUGGAUAGGACCUUGCACUUCCCAAACAGCGACCAUAAGCUUUGGUGGGACAGAUUGGCCCCCGUGCUGGGUCCGUCUCUGCACCUCGCAGGGUACGACAUUGAAGCCCAGUACCGAAGCCUCCUAGCGAUCUACUCUGCCAUCAUUCCCAGCCUGGGCCCGUUCCCAAAUAGCAACAGGACCAAUGUGACCUGGACGCACGCCCUCUGCAAUAAAGCAGGCCCGCUAGAAGCCAGCAUCAACUACCAGCAGGGCGCCAAAUGCGCGUUCCGGCUCGGGGUCGAGCCUGUUGGUCCCUACGCCGGGACAGACGCAGACCCUAUCAACGAAGUCGCCGGCAAGCAGCUGCUCCAGCGGCUAAGCCAUGUCCAGCCGGGGGGCGUCGUCGACCUUUCGCUGUUCGACUACUUUGCAUCGGCGCUGGGGGUGGACGCGCAUGCAGCCCGCACGCACUGGGACUCCCUCGCCGGGUUCCCUUGCAAAUCCCAUACAGUUGUGGGGGUGGAUUUCCACCACCACCACCACCACGGAGCGCCGCCCUUCACGGUCAAGUCGUAUUUCGGCACCUUUGUGAAAUCCGUCGUGGCCGAGACCGACGUGUUACGACUUACCUUUGACAGCUUCCGGAGGCUCCUCUGCUGCCCUUCUUCGACUCGUCCCGCCGCCGCCGCCGCCGACGACGACGACCUGCACUUCGACUUCUCCCAGGUGGAGGAAUACGUAUCGGCGAACCGGGACCGAUUCAUGCUGGAAAAGUCAUAUGUGGCGUUUGAUUGCAAGGCCCCGGCGCAGUCUCGCGUCAAGGUGUAUGUCAUGGCGAGCGUGGCCUCGCUCCGGGAGGUGUAUGAUUUCUGGACGCUUGGGGGCCGUCUCCGGGGCGCGGACCUGGAGGCAGGGUUCGGGAUUGUCAAGAGGGUGUGGAAUGCGAUCUACCCGCAGCAGUUGCCCAGUGGGGGGCAUAGGGAGGCCAUGCAAAUCCAAGUGAACUGGGAGAUGUCGCUCAAGAAUGCGAGCGUCGUCCCGAAAAUAUACCUGCUUGUUGCUGACGACUAUGACGAGCAUGUUUCGAACGCGGUCGUGGAUCUUUUUGAAGACCUUGGGUGGACGGAGCAUAUCCAGACGCAUAGAUUGCUGGAGAAAGAGGCAUACUCUAUACAUGGCGAUUGUGGGUUUCAAGGCAGAACAGACUGCUACUUGUGGCUUGCGUUUGCCUACUCCGGUAGAUCUGGUCCUUAUAUCACUGUGUAUACGAAUCCUGUUGUCAGCACCGCGGUCCCUAAAUGCAUAACAUAACGGUGCUUUUGUAAGGUGAUCCAUCCUGGAUCACUCCCCCUGAAGGCCAAAUAGGGUCCAGCUGAGAUACUGAGGAUUGCAUAUUUUUUUUCUCUCUUUC